GCUCAGCCUGACUACUCUCUACAAUCAGUGUCGGGGAAAGCCAAGAGAGCAGCACCUUAUAUCGCGUUUCUCUCCGCACGCGCAAGAAGUCUAUGAGGCUCUACGCUGAGAAGUUAAAAACCUACUAAGUUCUGGGAUGUCACUGAUUUGGCAGUAGAGCCAUGUUCUCCAAAGGCACCAAGCGCAAGUUCUCCGAAGGAGUCGAGGACGGGUUGUCUGAGGUGGGGGGCGAUGGCGGCGGCCUGUCGGGCGGCCCCGGUGGUGACGAGCUCUCGUCCUCGUCGGCCCCCUACAGCCUCCAGCGCCAGUCGCUGCUGGACAUGUCGCUCAUCAAGCUGCAGCUCUGCCACAUGCUGGUGGAGCCCAACCUGUGCCGCUCGGUGCUCAUCGCCAACACGGUGCGGCAGAUCCAAGAGGAGAUGACGCACGACGGCAGCUGGCCCACAGCCGCCAUGCUGGAGGCCUUCGCCGCGAGCGCCGGCGGUGGCGGCGGCGCUGGUGGUUCGGGUCCAGGCGCUGCCGGACCGUCAGAACGGCUGGUGGCCACGGAGGUUCUGUGCCGGCCAGGCAGGGAAAUGAACGGGGGUCCGGAUGCGGAGCCCAAGCUGUUUUCGGUGAUGGGCUACGAGGAGUGCCGGGAGGAGGAGGUGGUGGCAGUUGAGGAGGAGGAGGAGGAGGACGACGACGACAACGAGGAGGAGGUGGAGGAGGAGGACUCCUCGAUUUGCUCAGAGGUGGUAUCCAACGUCUGCUUGUCAGGCAGCAUGGGCCACUGCUGGGAGCGGGGAGGGGUGCUGAGGGGCGAGGGGGAGCUGGGAGACACCCGGUUAGGCUCCGCAGACGAGGACGUUGAUGUGGAGGAGGAUGAAGACGAGGAGGAAGAGGAGGACCACGAGCUGCAUCGAGGAGGAGGGAGGCAAGAUGGCCAGGCGAAAGCAGGAGGAGGCGGCGCCAGGCAGGUCUUCGGCACGUUCGAGAUCAAAAACGGCCACCACCCGGGCUCGGAGUCAGCCCUGGAGGAGCUGUUUUCGGACGUGGACGCGUCCUACUACGACCUGGACACCAUGCUGACGGGCAUGCAGGCGGCCCCCAAGAUUGGACCCUAUGACCUCCUGGACAGCCUCAGCCAGUCGCACACUCCCUCGUCCUUGGCGUCCACCGCAAACUGUCGCUCUGACCUCAAUGAGCUGGACCACAUCAUGGAGAUCAUUGUGGGCUCCUAGGGCAAAGCCUUUCUUUCUUUCUUAUUCUUUCUUACAGAGACAAGUACUUUGUUCCCCUUAUGCCUUUUUUAUGUCUCCUAUGGAGGGCCAGUCGAACUGAAACACGCUGUGCUGGGGGCAAAAAAAAAACCAAGACUUUCUUGCCUUAGUGUAUCAGUGUGUUAUUUUAUGACCUGACCAUUGCAUACAUUCUGUAUGUUUCUUUUUUUAUUUUCUCUUUUUUUCUUGUUUUCUUUUUGAGGCGAUUCACUUUGUCUCUUUUUUUUUGUCUCUGUCUUGUUUUAAUUUAUUCCUGUAAAAAUACACUACAAGAAUGGAGAACAAGAUAUAUACAAAAAAUUGUAAUUUUUUUCAUAUUUUCAUAAAGAUGAAUGAUUGAAAAGCGUAUGUAAAUAUAUACAAUUAUAUUUUUACAACAGAUACGUCUUGGGAACUGUUACUGUACAUUUUCAAGUGAGAUUGCACAUUGUAUUGUGCCACGGACUUUUAAGUCUUCCGAAAUCCAAAAUGGUGAUGUAGCAAAAGCUGAUGACGCAGAGGUCAUCAAUGGUAAUACACAUUUAUCUGACAAACCCUUGUUUCUGUCGACAGGUCGAUGUGCAUGUACAGUAUUUUCUCAGUAUCACUUUUUUCUGACACAGGAAUGCCUUAGCUCCUAGCUUGACACAACCCCUCUGUUUGCUGUUAUGCGUUACAUAAUGUCUCUAUUUCAAUUCUUAAUGAAUGAAGAAUCAUGGCACAAGCCAGUUUUUUUUUUAAACCUAUGAAUGCCUUUUUAAUUUAUUUUAUUUAUUCAUAUCAAAAAAUGUCAGGUGAUGUGGUCAAGUCAAAACCAUUGUUUUUUUUUUCUCCUUGCUGUGUUUUUUUUUUUUUUUUUAAUUUGGAGGAGUCUUAAGUGGGGUACAGCAUUUCCUCUAUGCAUCAAGUGUGCUCAUACACUUUCUAUGCAUUAAGUAUUCAACUUUUCACACAGUAUUUAAUUUUUUUAUGUCCGGUCAAAAAAGACACAAGUUACUGUUUAUGAACGCAAAUGCUUUCUUUUAUACAGCAAAAUGUCAAGUGAAAGAGGCUACAAGUUGCUUGAAAGUGAUUUGAAUAUGGAUGAACGAGAGACUAAUGAUAUGUAAAAAAGUUAGACUAGAUUAAAAACCAUUUUAUAUGAACAAUGUAGCUUUUUUUAAAUAACAUUUCUAAUAAAAGAUACAGACGAUAAAA